GCCCUUCGCCUCGUGAGAAAAGAAUUGCUGCAUAUACUAGCGUUCGUCAUCACUGGAUUCGUUAUCAAUUCAGCAUUCGUGUACCGAAAUAUACACUCAGUCAGUCGAGUGGCUUACGAGGACACCCUCACGGUGAAAACAGUCGUUAUUGCGCCAGCCCAACGGGCAUACUCUAAAGGUUCACGUGUCAAUGUUCCAAUUGUCAAAGUCAAGUAUCAUACCAGCCUUGUCCCUUAUUCUGAGUUUUUUGUUCCUCGUCUGGAGAGAGUUACGCCCCUUGAUUUCGAAUUCAUGUCGGCCACAAGAGGACCCUGUAACAGCGAUCAGCCAUUUCUGAUUGUUCUCGUUCUCUCAAUGACGAAAAAUUGGAAGUUGAGGAAAGCUGUGCGUGAAACAUGGGGCAGCGUUAACAGAACAAACACGUGGGCAGGUAAACCGUUACGGAAGCCCGUUCGAGUCAUAUUUGUGAUUGGGAUGAGCAAGAAUGACGACGCACUGCUACACGAAUCCGAUGUAUACGGAGACAUAGUCCACGUGUCUGUUCAGGAGAGUUACUUCAAUCUGACAUACAAAGUGUUGAUGGGGAUACGUUGGGUUUAUCAGUUCUGCAGAGAAGUCGAAUUUGUUGCUAAAGUUGACGAGGAUACUUUCCCCGAUGUCCCCGUGUUUCUGGACAUAUUGACAUCAGGGAAUAUGACCAACACAAUAAUGGGGCCAUUCUUCACUUUCAGCAAAGUACAACGAACAGGCAAAUACGCUGUGAGUGAAGCCUCAUACCCCGCUCCUCAGUUUCCCCCGCACUGUAAGGGGAACUUUUACCUCAUGCCCGCAGAUCUGGCGUUCAGGAUUUUGAAGACGGCACAGCAUCUGCCUUACGACAACAUGGAGGACGCCCAUCUUACCGGGGUUGUUGCUUACUCCAUCGGCGGGGUUAGAUUUCGUGGCGUGACAAGGAAACAGUACAAUAUAUUUGACCCACCCAAAGUGUGUGAAUAUGUCACUGGUACAAAGAUCGUUGCACAGAAAGUUCACCCCGCGCUGGGCCAGGAGAUAUGGAAACGUUUUAAUGACGAGUCGCUCUGUUCUAAGUCACGAAAUCGAGACCAUUGAUCGACCACACGUUAUUAACUUAUUAUUAUCUCACACAUAUAUUGUGAAUAUCCGACCGAACCAAAAUAGAAUAUCAUUAUGUCUACAAAUGAUUAAUUAAU